AUGUUCAGCUACUUCUCCUCUUCGGCCCCGGCGGAUCCCAACGCUCCCAACUUCCAUCCCGUGUCGGAACGCUAUGACGUUCAAGACCUUUUCGGCGAGCUGGAGCCCAAAGAUCUCGAGCUGCAAUGCCAGGGAAGUGGCUUCGUCACCGAGACGCAGACUUUCUACCACCUCCUGGAGGAUGGCACUUUCCUCACGUUUCAACUAAUCCACUCAUCUGUUGGUCUCUGGUACCCUCAAAUCCAGUUCACGUGCAAGACCUUCAAUCCCCGCACGAAGGAGAAAACGUGGAAAUCUGUCAACAUCUCGCAUUUUGUGUGCCCUCCCCCCGGGCUCGACAAGCGAUCGAGCAAAGCCGAUCAGUUCUCGAUUACUCACAAGCCCUCGCCCAGCGGCGACAACGCCGAGGGGUACACCAUCACCGCCAACCUGGCCGAUGACCUCCAACUAUCGCUUGAUGUGACGCGGCCAGCGUCCACCCCCGGGUUCAAAGUGGGCAAGGGACCUAAGGGAGGAUACUCGUACUUCGGCUAUGACCCGGAGAAGGCGGACGGAUAUGUCAUCCACCGCUUUUGGCCCCUCACCCACGCGGCGGGCACGUUGAUCACGAAGGGUCAGGCCAUCCCCGUGAAAGGACCGGGCAUGUUCGUGCACGCUAUUCAGGGCAUGCGCCCCAAUCUGGUGGCCUCACGAUGGAACUUCGCAUACUUCGAGAGUGCCGAACAGGGCGGCGUGACUGCGGUACAGAUGGACUUUACGACGCUGGACACCCACGGACGUAAGGGCCCUGGAUCCGGAGGCGUAACCGUCAGCGUUGGCGGCGUGGUGCUCGGUGGCAAGUUGGCAUCGGUGACGACGGAGACGAGAUGGCCGGACGAGCCCCUGCCCGAGUCCACUUCCGUCAUCUCGCGAGCCAUCCAUCUGCAACCGACGAAGGACGCGGAGACGGGAUACGACCUGCCCACUGAGAUCGAAUACAAGUGGGCGGCCCCAUCCAUCGUUGCCGAUGCGCCCGGCGAGGUGAAUGCAUCACUGCGCAUCGCUGUCGGCGGCCCGAGCGAGGCGAGCGGUUUGGUUGAGAAGGUCGACGUUCUCGGCGAGAUACCCUACGCUCUCAAGAUGGCGGUCAACUACGUGGCAGGUACCAAGCCGUACAUUUACCAGUGGCUGAACCCGGCGACGCUCGUGGUCAAAGGUCCGGACUCCUUGAUCCCUGGCUUAUCCGCAGGUUUGGAAGUGCAAGGGCGGCUCUACAACGAAGCUACCUUCAUCUCGUAGAUGCGGGUCCGCGCGCAUAGCAUAGUCUCAUUAAAUCUGUACCAUACGAUACCAGCUUAGGCAGAUAGCGCCACGGAUUUCUGGUUAGGUUCUAA